CUUGAAAUUCUUCGUUCGCUACUGAGGAUACUGUACAGUAGACGAGUUUUUAUAAAGGUAUCGUUCUGCACACCAAGUUUUGCCCUUUAAUUUUUUUUAACGAGGCCAUGACUACUUAAAAAGCAAAGAAAGAAAGAGAAAACAGAGGGACAUAACAUACAGUUUUAACUAAACAAAGUAGUAGUAGUAGUAAUAUUAAAGUAGACAUGUUUUUCUAGUUCCCAAGUGAUAUGGCCUUGUCUAUAGGAAUUGUAGGAAUAGGAGGGCUCCGUGUUUCUCCCUUACAAUGCAGAGCCGCUUCUAACGAUAAUGCCUCUCUCUCCUUUUCUCACGCGCGCGACGCCGCUUACAUUCAACGCGCCGUCGAACUCGCCGACAUGUCCGCCGGCUUCACCUCUCCUCACCCUAAUUUCGGCUGCGUCAUCGCUACCUCUUCCAGCACCGUUGCCGGCGAGGGCUUUCUCUACGCCCAGGGGACCAAACCUGCUGAGGUUCUCGCCGUCGAGGCUGCUGGCGAACGUUGCCGAACCUCCACCGCUUAUCUUAAUAUGGAGCCCGGUGAUUGCCACGGUGACCAUGCCGCCGUCUCCGCUCUCGUCGAGGCAGGGAUUGCGAGGGUAGUGGUUGGGAUCAGGCAUCCUCUACAGCAUCUCAGAGGCAAUGCUGUAAGGGCAUUGAGAGGUCAGGGAGUGCAGGUCGAUGUUCUUGGAGAGGAUCUCAAAAGCAAAAUCAUUGAGAAUGCUCAAAAAACAUGCCUCCUAGUCAAUGCCCCUUUGAUUUGUAGAGCAGCUUCCCGUGUUCCCUUCUCUGUUUUCAAGUUUGCAAUGACACUUGAUGGAAAAAUUGCUGCUAGUAGUGGACAUGCAUCAUGGAUAAGCAGCAAAGUCUCUAGAAGUCGAGUUUUUGAAAUGCGGGGUAGAAGUGAUGCUGUUGUUGUUGGAGGGAAUACCGUCCGGAGGGACAAUCCAAAAUUGACGGCAAGACAUGGAGGUGGGCAUAUGCCCAUGCGGAUUGUAAUGUCACAGACACUUGAUCUGCCUGAGGAAGCAAAUCUUUGGGAUGUGUCGGAAGCAUCUACCAUAGUUGCAACCCAAAGGGGGGCUAGAAGAAGUUUCCAGAAAUUUCUUGCUUCUAAAGGAGUUGAAGUAGUGGAGUUCGACAUCUUAAAUCCUAGAGACGUAAUGGAAUACUUUCACGAUUGUGGAUAUCUUUCAGUUUUGUGGGAGUGUGGAGGAACAUUAGCUGCAUCUGCAAUUUCAGCUGGAGUAAUACACAAGGUUUUCGCAUUUGUUGCUCCUAAGAUUAUAGGUGGCAAAUAUGCUCCAUCUCCUGUAGGUGAACUUGGCAUGGUUGAGAUGUCUCAAGCUUUAGAUUUGAUUGAUGUUUGCUAUGAACAGGUUGGACCAGACAUGCUUAUUAGCGGAUUCCUUCAGCCCAUACCAGAUGUAACGCCUGUUAUCCCAUCAGUUGAAGAAACUUAUGCAAUUGAUCAGACCGUUACUCCAUAUGAAUCAAAAAUCAUUUCUUUCUACAAAACAUGGGACCUGUAUGGUGCUUUUUCAAAUUUUUCUCCUCAUCCAAUUCAAAUGCCUGAUGACAAUGGUGGUUAUGUCUCCUGGUCGAGUGUAGAACAUUACUACCAGGCUCAGAAGUUUGUUGGAGUCAAUGAUCCUCUCGCGUCAGAUUGUGUAGCAAGGAUAAAGUCUGCCAAAAGUCCGGAGGAGGCUGCAAGAUUAGGAAGAUCAAUGCAGAGGCAGCGCCCUGAUCUGGUAAGAUCUGAUUGGGAAAGUGCCAAGAUCAAUGUUAUGUACAAAGCAGUGAAAUGUAAGUUCUCAAUUUAUCCGCAUCUGAAUUCUAUGUUGCUUUCUACUGCUGGAUCUGUUCUUGUUGAAGCUUCACCGCAUGAUUUUUUCUGGGGUGGAGGCCGGGAUGGAGAGGGCUUAAACUAUUUGGGGCGGCUUUUAAUGCAAUUAAGAUCCGAGUUUCUUGGUGAGUCCCCUGCUGCAUCUAAUCAAAACACUUUCCUAGUUGGAUAGUAAUAGCAGCAAAGUUAGUAUUCUUAAUUAGCGAGUUCUUUCCUGCAACCUUAAUAUUGUUUCAACAGAGUCAGAAUUUUCAUUUGAUAGAAGAGAACUUUUAGUUUUAUAUUCUAGUCUAACUUAAAACAUGCAGAAGAAUUCAAAUGUUUGAACUUUUAAGUACUGUACAUUGUCAAUUUCACAAGUUUUUAAUUUGAGGUACAUAGUAUAAGUGAAGCUGCACAUCUUCUUGUAACAGGCUAUUAGUGUUUGAUUUCACUGGUCUGUUGAAUGUUUGCCAUUGUAUUUCUUUGGCUUGCUCUCAAGAUUUUCAACUUAUAAUAAACAGUGAAAUAUGUUAAUGGAAAAGCUGUUCUCUAGGUUUGCAGACGCCUGGUAAAGAAUAAGAGAGGUGUACGAAGGUAUCCUCAAGUUAAGAUUCUGCUCUUGAGUGUCAUGGUAUAAGCCUGCCUGACUCAGAUCAAUUGGUUGUCCAGAGAUGAAAAUGGACCAUAGUGUUCUUGGAAUUACUAUACAAUUGACCUUAUUCUUUUUAUUUAUAUUAUUUCAGUAAGCAAUUAUGUAUAUUGGGAAUUAACCAUAUUAAUUUUUUUUAUGAAAUUAAUGAAAUGAUAAUACAAAUCUAUUCUUUAUAA